AUGCGGUUCAAUACACUAAUUGUAGUUUUUGUGCUCAUCUCGAUCUCCGCAUGUUCCUCAGAUUUCAAAGUCGUCCGUGCCUAUGCUGGGAAGUCGGUUCUCCUAAGCUUAGAAGUGCCAUCUGGAAAGAAAAUCAAUACCUGGAAUCGUAUACGACUAGGAAAACACGGUCUUGUAGAGCAUGACGGAAAAAUAGUGCCUCCCGAGAGUAGUACUGUUGCAGUAUUUCCCGACACCGGAGAACUUGGAAUUGGACACGCGAAAACUUCUGAUCUCGGUGUGUACUGGUCGCCAGACCUGAACCCAAAGAGCCCCGUGGAAAGAGGACUGCAAUCAAACGAUAUUGUGCUAAUAGUGGAUGAGAGUGAAUAA